UUUUUUAUGUUUCUUAAUCUCAUGUGGAUUUAGUACUUUUUGUAUAGACAUGUGUAAUUUUUUUAGAUCACUUUAUACCAGUUAAUAAUUUAAUCAAGUUAGUUUCAAUCAGGAUUCGAACACAAACUUAAUAUUAAAAGUUAAAAUAUGGAAAAAAAGCAACAAAGAAAAAAGAAAAAGAAAGGACCUCCGCCUCCUCCACCACCAAUAUAUAUUCCUAAUUACAAACCAACACUAAGUUUGACAGAUGAGGGGUUUAUUGCAAGCAGUUCCACUGAUAUUAAAACUGUGGAGAAAAUUCAAAACACGUAUACAUGUACAAUUCUGCAAGUAGCAGAUGCUAUGAGGCAAAACGAUUUAUUGAAACUUCUAGAGAAAGUAGAAGUAUUGGAUAAUGAAACCAAAGAUUAUGUAAUAAGUGAAGCUCUAAACUAUAUGCAUAUGCAUGGCAGAACCUUAUCAAAGGAAAUGCACAAUAAAAUUCGUUGUAUACUGAUGCAAUCGCGAUUUUAUAGGAUUUAUGAUCCUAAAAAAGAUAGCAACACUUAUAAUGACAAUAUACAACAACUGGAAUUUAUUCAUUCUUGUUUUGAAGGAUUACUAAAAAUGAACUCUCCUAGUUUUAUGGACAAUUAUAUCAAACAAAUAAUAUUUUAUGGUACUGAAUUGCAGUUUGGUAAAGAUUGGGCAAAGGAUUUACCAUGGAACAUGUUUGCGUUCUAUAUUCAACAAUAUGCGGGAUUUGUCCGAACUUCAAACCAUAAGCAUCUAUAUCAAGUCGGUAUUAUCACCGAAAACAAAUUUCAAACCAUGGUUGAAAAUUUUAAAAAGAUAUUUGAAAUGACUUUGCCAAACAAUAGUAUAGUGUACGAGCAUUUUCAAAAGGAGAAUGCAAAGAUGGCGGAAGAGAUGAAGACAUAUUAUUACGAAUUGAAGGAUUUGCAUUCUCUCGAAAAACUAUAUAAAACAGUUGUGUGUUCUGAUACAACACAUUAUUAUGGAUAUUUAAGAAAAUUACAAGCUUGCGGAGAAUACCUUAAAAGUACUGAUCAAACUCCGAAUAUAUCAGGGGAAUUGAAAGAAUUGUUGACGAAGUGUCUCCCCAUGAAAGAUAUGAAAACAUUUAGGGAUAAAGUAUGCCAUUUAAAAUCUAUUCCAAUUGAAAUAAAAGAUGCUGAAAAAUUGAACGAUUUAAGCAAUUUGAUUGCAAAAAUUGCUAAACAAAUUAAACUCACUUAUAAAUUAAUACAAUUGGAAACUGCAGUAAAAAUAAAAAAGUUAAUAUUACAAUCACCUGAAUCCAUCCCAAUGCCACACGUAAUAAAACAUGAGCUCUCUUCAUUCCGAUCAGCUUUUGGUACAUUACACGAAUCUCCCGAUCGAAACAUACAACUGCGCAAAGACAAUGUGAAUCGGUUGUUUGCAUUGAUGGAAUUUCAUUACAACGUAGAAGGUGGAUACAAUUACAAUUUACUAAAAGUGUCAGAUGAGCAAAUUGAAGCAGAAAAGCAAAAACUUUUGUCAGAAUGGCCAAUUGAUCAAUCAGACGACAAAACACUACCGAAUUUAAUUGAGACUGUUUCAAAUCCUCCAUUAUUCAGUGAUGAUGCAGACGAACAUUAUCGAGCAUGUUUAGAAAUUCUAAAAACUGAAGUUGAAAGGAAAAACGAUUUAGGUGUUGAAUUGCUCUUGAUGCUGAUUUUAAAAAUUGCUGAUGAAUUGAGGAAUUUUAAUCUUAAUCGAAAGUGGUAUACAGAGUUAUGUGCUACGCUUACUGUUAGAUCGUUACGAAAUGAUUUGGCUCACGGCGAUCUUUAUGUGGAUCUCCUAGAAAUCGAUAGAAAAUCGACGAUUUACGAUAUUGCAAAUAUUUUAAUUGGAGAACUUGAAAAUGAAACUGCCAGGAAACAAAAAGAAUGUGGUAAAGUAACACAAACCAUACCAAUGCCAGAAUUACGAACAAAUACUAAUUCAGAACUGGCGCUUAUAAAAAUAAAAGAAGAUCUUGGAUAUCAAAUCCAAAAAGGGUGUAUUACUGAAGUGCAAAGGCUAGUGAACAAAAUGAAGACGGAAGAUAUUGAGUGGCGCGAUUUAUUAGAUACUACUGCUUUAAAUCUGGCCGCAGGCAAUGACCUAGACAAUGUGGAACUAUUUGAGCUGGUAUUUGAUGAAAUUGGUGAUCACCAAAAAUGGUUUCGAGAUGAUCUCGGUGAUACAAUGUUGCAUGUAGCUGCUGAAAAAGGCAAUGUGCGAAUUUUAUCAAAUAUUUUAAAAACGAAGGCUUCAUUCUACACAAGACAUGUUCAUGUCAUUAACUACAAUGGUGAUACACCAUUUCACAAAGCAGCGAUUGCAAAUCAGUCACGUACUUUUGAAAUAUUGUGUAAUAGUUGGUUCAGUAAACAUAUCCAACUUUUUAACGAAAAUGCGCAGGGUGCAAUACACUGUGCAAUUGUAUUUGAUCAUAUUGACGUUAUUGAAGUGUUUGUGAAAUGGAAUUAUCACCAACCACUUGAUAGUGUUCGUGCAGUAAGAAACCAAACUUGUCUUCACCUUGCAUGUGACUACAAUCACAAAAAUCUGAUUCGUUAUUUCAUAGAACGUGAAUCUGACGCAAAUACGAUUGACAAGGACAUUGAUACGCCAUUAUUGUUAGGAAAGCAGUUUUCGAAUGCACACGACGUGCUAAUGAUUGAAAAAUAUAUGAAUCCUAUAAUGGAGGAUAAUAAGAUGCAUUCGGCUGUUAAAUGUAAUGCACCAUCUAAGUUUGAAGAGAUCUAUAGUAUUGCACCUUUUUUAAUAUGGACCACAGAUAUCGAAGGCAAAACACCCGUUGACAAUGUCAUUUUGGGAAAUAAUAGAGAAAUGAUUGAGUUAAUAUUUCAUCAUGUUUUACUAGAUUAUUCGGAGAAACCAUAUAUAUACAAAAAAGUGAUUUCCAUCAUGUGUGAUAGCGAAUUAAAAUGUCUUGAUGGACCAUGUGUAAGGCUAAUACUAAAUUUUGUUUUAAAUACUCUUACGGAGAAAUUUAAUGACAAAUUGGCGUGCUUUUGGGGAUUCACUUUAUUGGGUCAGAUUGUGAAAGUUUUCGAAGAUAUCUACAUACUUAAAACUACCAUCAUUAGAAUAAUGUUGGAGAAAAUCAGUUUAUUUGAAAACGAUGACCGAAUAAUUAAAUGCGUUCAUGAUGUGCUUACCUGGUGCACGUUUUUAAGUGAAGAGGCAUAUAUUUGCUUAAGUAAUAUUUUGGUUAAUUAUUUAUCCAAGGAUAAUUUUAUCAACCAUUACAAUACAUUAGAUUUAAUCUCUUGGUUAGUAAAAAUCGGAACAUAUGAACAAAAAUCCACAUUCGAGACUAUGGGUUUAAUUCAAGUAUUAUUUAAUAUCAAAAAUGCCGAUUUUGAUGAGCACGAAAAAAUUAUUGAAAUAUUAUUCUUGUUAACGUGCGAUCAUGGAAAAAAUACACAACUCUUUUUGGAAAACAAUGGUUUGUCCUUUUGCAUCAGGAAUUUUAAAAGUGGUGUUGGCAAUCGGUAUACAUCGGUGACGACAAAACUCUUAUGUCUCGCACUGUCGUCUGAACAUUUACCUGAACUAUUUGAUGCGGUAACUAACACCGACAUUAUAAACCUGUUAAACGAUAGAAGUGAUGAACUGGUUUGGGUAACAUGUGGCUUACUGGUACAAAUUUGGUCACUUAAGAAGAACGUAUUUAACAGUGAUCAAUUAAAAGAUUUGGUUUGUAAAAAAAUGGAGCGCCUAAAAGAAUUUUGCACUGUUCCAAUUUUGGACAUGUUUGACUGGCUUCUUGUUCUUCUGAAUGAAGAUUCAUUUGAAUGUCAGUACUGGGCAGCGUGGACUAUUAAAAAUUAUACACGGCGUAACCCUGAAACAAUGAGUUCAUUCGUGAAUGAAAACUUGCCACAAAUCGGAAAGCGGAAAUCUGAAAUUAGCGAUAUGCUUGCAGUUGCAAUGGAGGACGCUGUUAUAGAAAGUAGCCGAGAUAUACUUUAAUAAGUGCAAUUUUCAUAUAUUAAUAUAAAUAAAUUCAAAUGGUUAUCCAUUCAAUGGUUACGUAAACUUUAAGUUAUUUUUGUGGGGACCAUAUGGAUUUUUUGUAUAAUUUAGCGUUUGGCAAGGUUUUUUUCAAGAUAAUUUUAGAAACAGGCGCGAUUGUUUGAUAAUAAACAUCCGCUCGGUUUGAACAGUGUUCGGUCAGAUAACAUGUAGCCUUGGCGAGACGAGUUUGAAGUUUACACUGACUCAGUAAGUCGCAGAUUAUUAGCGCGGUUGGAGCAGUAAUUAUAUAAAAUUAAGACUGAUGUAAAAUAUAAUAUAAAAGUGAAUAUACUAUUAAUUUACCCUAAUUAAAUGAACUGUUUUAUUGAA